UCUUUGAGUGAUGAACCCGUGAGAUCCGGAGUAGAGUAGGUCUUGAGCAACGCAUGCUUGCAGUAAAAGGCGGAAAUAAUAUGGGUGGUGAAUACCUUCAUUUAGUGGGUAAAAAGCUGACGAUGGCCGAGGGUAAUUAGCAACUGGUGGUAAUCAAUAACAUUCAUUGGAUACUUUAAUUAGCAAUGACGUGGCAAUCUCAAUACUCCACAAGCAAUACACCAGGAAGAGCAGACACAGUAUACCCGUUUGCAGGUUGAUCUUGUACCGUCUAAGACAUGGCUUUCUUCAUGAACUAUGCCCAAUGCCUUCUCCUGAUUCAGAUGGGAAUAGGGACAGAAGCAGUCACGUGUAACUUCCCUGAUGGGCCAAACAACUGCACAUCUUACAGCGGCGAGAAGAAUUCGUUUAGUCCUGAAUUGUUUGGGGUUGUUGCAUUUAUGGUAGUGCUGCUUGUGGUGGGCAUUGGAAUAGUUAUCUGCUGCUGCCGCGGUGCCAAGUGUAAACAGAAACGUCGUCAACUUACCACAAGGAUAACUGACUGCUGCAGCAUGCGUAACCGUGCACCAUCUUCUUCUGAUCUUAGUAAGCUGUAGCCUUCACACGUACAAGACCACGACAACCACAUUCUUCUUUAAUGCUAUAUUUGAUUCUGCAUAUUUUCCCUCAUCUUGGGCUGUUGGCCACAUUGUUCCCAUAUAUAAGAAAGGCGAUGCCAAUUCUCCCACUAAUUAUAGGGGUAUCACUAUUUUAAGUGUAUUCAGUAAACUUUAUAUUUCUAUUUUAAACAGAAGACUUCAGUUUUGGUCGGAAUCCUAUGAUAGACUAGUAGAGUCUCAGGCUGGUUUUAGGAGUGGAUAUUCCACAACUGAUAAUAUUUUUGUUUUAUAUUCAGUAAUAGAGAAAUAUUUGGCUAAGAAACGAGGUGUGAUUUAUGCCUUGUUUGUUGAUUUUGCCAAAGCCUUUGAUUCCAUAGAUAGAUCUAAAUUGCGUAUGGUACUAUACAAAAAUGGUAUUUCUCCGAAAAUGUUCUGUUGUAUACAGUCAAUUUAUAAACAAGUUUUGGCAUUGGUCAAAUACAAUAACUCAUUUUCUGAUAUGUUUAGCUGCAGUAAGGGAGUUCGUCAAGGAUGUGUCCUUAGUCCCAUUUUGUUUGCCUUGUUCAUAAAUGAUCUUGCCAUAGAUAUUGAAUCCAGUUGCGCACAUGGUAUCCAAUUUCAUCCAGAUGUAGUUCAAUUGUUUUUAUUACUUUUCGCAGAUGAUGUCAUUCUCAUAGCAGAUACUGUUUAUGGUCUCCAGAAAAGAAUCAAUGUGUUAGAAUGUUAUUGUAAAGAUAAUUCAUUAACAGUCAAUAUUGAUAAAACUAAAGUAGUAGUUUUUAAAAAUGGGAGUGUUCUUUCAAAAUAUGAAAAAUGGGUUUAUGAUGGAAAAUUGUUGGAAUGUGUAACUACAUAUAAAUACCUUGGUGUAUUAUUUUUUCGAAAUCUAUCUUGGAGUGCACAUAUAUCUAAUGUUGUUAAACAAGCUAAAAAGGUUUUGUUUAAGCUUUUGAAGUCCCUACAGCUAAUUAAACCUACUCCUAUGAAUAUUUUCUUUAAAAUUUGUGAUGCUAAAGUUGUGCCAGUACUUCUUUACGAUGCAGAAGUUUGGGGUUUAUCUUUAUCGUUUUGCGAGGAGAUUGAAGUUGUUCAUACACUUGCUUGUAAACGUAUUUUAGGAGUUAAGUCAGCAACUUCCAAUCAUGUUGUGCGUGGAGAGUGUGGGAGAUACCCUUUGUAUAUCUACGCUUUCAAAAGAUGCUUGAAUUAUUGGUGUAAGAUUUUAAAGAUGCCCGAUUCGCGUUAUCCACGAAAAAGUUACAAUAUGCUUGUGCAGCAGGCCAUAGCAGGUAAGACUAAUUGGGCCUCUAGAGUUAAAUUACUUUUGUACGCCUAUGGCUUUGGCUAUGUAUGGGAAAAUCAGCAUCUUGUUAUUUCUAUUUCAUUUAUUGACGAGUUCAUACAAAGAUUAAAAUGCUCUUAUGAACAAGAUUGGCAUUUUGCUUUGACAAAUAGCCCCAAGUAUUCAUCAUAUCUUUGUUAUAAAUUUAGGUUUAGCAGGGAAUUUUAUUUAUCGGCUAUUACAAUCAAUAAGUUUCGCGUUGCACUGGCACGUUUUAGAGCUAGCUCCCACUCGCUCCACAUAGAAACCGGGAGAUAUUUUGGUAUCCCAAGACAGCGAAGGUUAUGUAUGGUUUGUAAAACAGGCUAUGUUGAGUCUGAAUACCAUUUUGUAUUGGUUUGUGAAAAAUAUUAUGCUCUCCGAGUGACAUAUAUUCCUCAAAAAUAUUAUGUAAAUCCAUCAAUAGAACAAUUUUACAUACUUAUGUCGUCUCUGCAUCAGUCAACAAUUAGAAGUCUGGCUUGUUAUAUUUACCACGCUUUUAAGUUAAGGAAUUCAUUUUUGCAGAAGUAAUAUUCUUUAUCUAUGAAUGCCUUGCUGUUGUGUAUUUAGGUGUACACAGUUGUAUUUUUAUACAUGUCUGGUGAACCGAAUUGUACUAUGGGCCGCUGGCCCACUCAUGUACUGAAUAAACAGA